AAACCUAUCAGACAUAGUCGACAAACUUCCCACAUCAAUAAAUAAGCCCAGACAGUAAAAAACAUCAACACAAAAUACAACUCAACUUUCUAAUUUAAAAAAUUAAAACCCACCAAACAUUCGUUCAGAAGAAGCAACCGCAAUGAACGUUCGUAAGAAACUGCAUUUUGAACCAGAUAAGAAACGCGAAAAAAUACAAAAGAUGAUCAUAUACCCGCUGCCCGAGGCACCAGACGAGCAAUGUCGCGAUGCAUUCCUAAGGCAGAUCUUUGAGCCCUAUGAGCGGUAUCAGUCGUCAGAGCUCACUAUUCAGUCGGAAUAUUCCAGCGAAAUGCAGAAUCGCAGUCAGCAUAAAUUAGGUAUCAACUUAUAUGACCCGGAUGAGAAGCUCGUGACCAGCUAUGAGAGGAAUGCACGACUCACGGUCUACCACAAAAAGGCCAUUAAGAUGUCACUGGGCGACAGCAGGGUCACAGCGCCGAACAUCAAUAAGUUGCUGAGGGAUCGCUAUGGCAACAUAGCCACGGCGAUUGGGGUCGUCGCCGUGCUCUGCCUGCUGACGGACGUCAAGCAUCGGAUGAGCGUGGUGCGCAGCAUGUGGCGUCACGAAUCGAAUGUGGAUCGGAAUCUCCGGAUGUUCAGCUGGUCCAUUCAUGACUAUCUUUUGCGCUUUCAGCGACGCAAUGAGAACUAUUUGGAUGCCGUUGAGUGGGAGCUGAAGGGCCAAAUGGACUGCUUCAAGUUUCGAAUGGAUCUGAAGGAAAUCAUACGACUCGUCGAUGCUAUCUACGACGACUAUAGAGCUAGGCGUAACUUCUGCGAAAGCUGCUUGUUGUCCAUACGGGAUGCCGAGGUGGAUAUUAUGGAGCUGGUGACAAAGACUAGGAAGGAGGCUGAGGAUCAGCAAGCUCAACUGACCAGGGCCAUGCAGAAGACGCCGCGUUCCGCCGAUCCAGGUGGCUACAGACACAAGGAACUAAAUGCAAAGAUCAAUCACAUGGAUUUUACGGUGCCCAUUGAGGGGCGAUAUCGCAUCAAUUGGGCCCAAACAACAAUGGAACAGUCCACUUUGUAUGACGAAAUUAACAUUAAGUCCAUAGAGGACGAGGUAGCUUUUUUCACACAACGCUCCAAAGAAUUCGCCUACUUUAGAGACCUCUGUUAUAUGGCCUACAACAUGGAGCUAUCGGACUAUAGGAACCGCAUUAACGAAACGGAGUCGGCAUAUGAGACAAGCAUGGAGCUAGUUAAUAACGAGAUACAAAGCACACGCAACAAGCUGACGAAGGCCAUAGACGACCUGAAAUACUACAAGGAUCAGAUACCAAUAUUUCAUAAGAAAAUCGCAGAGGUUCAGGCGAUAUUCGCCGCAGAGGAGGAAGCAAAGAAGCCAAAGAUAGUAGAGGUAGAGGCCGUCGUUGCAGUAAAGAAGCCGAAGAAGGGGGCUAAGAAGUUUUAGAGGAAACCAAACAAUGAAAAAGAUAACUUUUGCUUAACGUUUAGCUACAAUAAAAUUUAUUAAUACCAGAAAA